AUUUGAUGCAAGAAAGCAAGAAGGAACAACGAAAGAACAAUGCCUGGAUGAAAUUGUUGCUGAGAUCGAUGCGCCCCAUUGCUGUUAGGGCCGCACUUGUAGCACAAGGUAUCGCACCCGCUCAAGCAAUGGGCGGAGCGGCGGCCAAUCUGAGUGUAUGUUACACGUGUCACCUGCCCGGCCACAUAGCUCGAGACUGUCCCCACCGACCCGCAGAGGUCCUGGUUGGAGCUGCCCCCGUGGCCGCGGCACCUGUAGCCAACGGGCUGAUAAGGGUAGGCACAAUGAUAAAAGAUAUUGCGGAGCAGCAGAGACGCGAAAAGGCGGAAGGGAAGCGGCCGAUCGUGGAACCGGAGGUGCCGUACACGCAAGACGAUCCCGAGCGAAACCCGGAUCUACCCCCCGAGGCGUCGAAAAGGAAAUGGAGCCACAGCCGCCGAGGGAUCAGGAAGCCGCCGCCGUCGCUGAAGAGAUGGAUCAUAGCAACGCGCACGCUCUCUAUGACGACCACCCGUCAGGAGUUGUGGUGCGAUGUGCUCGCAACCAAAUUGCGAGGUAGCCCUUCCACUGCAUGGGAGGAUCAUUAUACCCAGCGCCUCCGCGUGGGUGAGGUCCCCACUCUGGCCGACUUCGCGGCCUUCCUUCAGGACCGUUUCCGCGCUCGUCAUGACGCCACCGACGCCUUAGACCGCGUCACCCAGACCAGAUGGUCUGGGUCCUCUGUACCGGCCGACCUGGAACGUCACAUCCGAGUGUUUCAGGACGGUCGCCUUGUUUGUGACGAGACGUUCCUACCGGAGGUCACACUCACCAACCGGUUCCUUGUCAGCCUGCCGACUGACUAUCGCCUAGAGCUAUGGAGGCGAUCAUUCUCUUCCGCGGAGCAGGCAUACGAGGCUGCRCGUCAGUACCAGAGGAUGUGCAGUCRCUUCUCCGUCGCCCCAUCCUCUUCGCGGCCAGCCGCCACCWCUCAGUCUCGGGGUACCACCCRAGGUCGCUCCUYGUUUGCUGGUCGUUUUCGUCGCCCGACCCGCCCUAGAGCGUCAUUCUCUCAGCGCUACAGUUCUCUGRAGUACGRCGAGGACGCCUCGGCCGAGUUUGACCCUACCCUUGGGGACGCCCCCGAGGACAUCAAGCUACGAGACGUCAUCCAGUAUCACUUGGAUGACGACACUGUUCCGGUGGCCGAGCGCUUGCUGAUGGCCAUGUCUGCCAUGGGUCGUGCUCGCUCGUUAGGAGCGCCUCACGAGACAGUCCUGCGUCGUCUUCUUGCCUUGCUCUCUGACCCUGAUCGCACCCUACCCAUCAUCCCUAUUCGCCUAGGGACAUCUACGAGGGUGUACCGCGCUUUAUGGGACUCUGGCUCGCAGGGAGAUUUCGUUCACCCUCGAGUGGUUGAGGAAGCUCGCCUAGCUACCUCUGGGUCCCGCUCUCCUAUCUCCGUUACCCUCGGAGAUAACAAAACGCAACACUUCUUCGAUCAGACGGUCCCCGACCUCCACUUCUCCCUCACCCUCCAGCCACCGAAUAGUACCCAGGCGCCUCGGCGCUACCAUUCCUCCACCUACUUCGACGUGCUGGAGACUGGGUACGACUUUAUCCUUGGCACUCCCCGGUCUCGCCGGUUCCGUAGCACAGAGGCCGAAUGGGCGUUUGAGACACUCAUUCUCAAAACGAAGUGUGGUCAAACCCAUCGAGUCCCGUUCAUUGGAACCACGGGCAACACCCCUCCAAACCUACCUCCCGAGGACCCUCGUCCUUCUAAGUCCCACCCAGACAUCUCCUUCACUUCUCCCCGUCAGUUUGCUCACUUCAUCCCACAGGAGGACGUCACGCUCUACUUAGUGAAUGUCAUGGAUCUUCUUCGCUACGAUCCACUCUGUCCCGAGGUUGAGCUCAUCUCACUGGAGCCCGAUCCCCCUAACCCUUCCUCCAUCUUCACAGCUCCCAUCUCUACAUCCACCCCGCAGCCUGCGGAUACCCCCUCGACAUCCCAGGUUCCUACGCCGUUCACUGCCGAGUCCACCCAUACGCCUCCUGCCGACGCAGACGUUGAGGAACUCAUGCGGUUCAAGGCUGACUUAGAGUCCGUCAUUCGCGACCUGAUUCGGGAGUACCGCGACGUCUUCCCCCCAUAUUUCUCAUACUGCGGGAUUCCCCCGAUGCGUGGUGUCGAGCAUUCCAUCCAGCUCGUGCCUGACUAUCGUGUUCACCAUCAGGCACCAUACCGACUCUCUAUUCCAGAGGCAAUGGAACUCAAGCGUCAACUUGAGGAGCUCCUUCGACUUGGUUUCAUUAAACCUAGUAACUCCCCUUGGGGUGCACCUGUCCUCUUUGCUCGCAAAGCGGACGGAACUCUCCGCCUCUACAUCGAUUAUCGCGGCCUUAUCCGUUACACGGUUAAGAACAACUAUCCCAUGCCCCGCGCGGAUGAGCUGUUUGACCGUCUGGCAUGCAAACGCUUCUUCACGAAGAUCGAUCUUCGUAGCGGUUACCACCAGAUCCGCGUUGCCACAGAAGACCAGCCGAAGACUGUCUUUCGGUCGUGCUUCGGCCACUACGAGUUCAUGGUGAUGUCAUUCGGCCUCACCAAUGCACCCGCCACCUUCCAGACGGUGAUGAACGACAUCUUUAGGGACAUCCUUGAAGAAUACGUUCUCGUAUACCUGGACGACAUCCUGGUCUACAGUCGUACCUUAGAAGACCAUAUCAGACACCUCCGCGAUGUCCUACAGCGCUUACGCAAGCAUGGCUUCUAUGCCAAGCUCAGUAAGUGCCGCUUUGCCCAGCGCAAAGUGGACUGCCUAGGACACCAUGUGUCUGACCAGGGUCUCCACAUGGACGACGCGAAGAUCACUGCUAUUGCAGAGUGGCCCGUCCCCACAUCUGCCAAGCAGCUUCGCAGCUUUCUAGGCCUCACCAGCUACAAUAACACUCGUUGCCCUGCGCUUGACGACUGGAUCGCCCACAUGGCGGCAAUUAUGAAGCGCGCAGACGAGAGUUUAGCCGACUCCCAGACUCGCAUGGCCACACGAGCGAACCGAUCACGAAUGGAUCAUCCAUUCAAAGUCGGUGACGAUGUGCUCGUCGACGCACGCCACUUACAGCUCGAAGCAGAUAURCUUCGCAAGUUCAGGCGUCGUUUCUUCGGUCCAUGCCGCAUCCUUCAGGCCGUCGGCUCUGAUACUGCCGCUAGUCCGGUCAGCUUCCGUGUGAAGCUACCUGAUUACCUUCGACAGACUCGCGUACACGAUGUUUACCACGUCUCCUUGCUGCGUCCUUAUCGCAGACCGUCCGAGCGCUUCGCCGGACGCCCUUAUGAGCGUCCUCCAUCUAUCAUGGUGGACGGUCACGAGGAGUUCGUUGUUUCCGACAUCGUAUCACGCCGAGUUACCGACGAUACCCCUCCACGCAUCGAGUACCUUGUGCGUUGGAAGGGCUACCCUGAUGAGGAGGCUACUUGGGAGCCCCUCGAGCACUUGCAGCACGCCAGGAUGUUGGUGCGUGCAUAUGAUCGUGCUCGUCGUGCUGGGACAUCUACUUCUACUCAGCCGACUGACCCUCUUCCUCCUCCUCCGGCUGAGGAGAUCGCUGAGGAUGAGCCGGCUCCCUCUGAGGCCGUUCCUCAGCUGCAGAUGGUCGCCUCCGAGCGUCCACAGCGCACUCAUCGUCGCCCUUCACGUUACGAUGACUGACACUCUUAUCCUCCAUCUUUCCCCACUGACUCACACCAUCAGGUACUCCAUCAUCAGCUCUUCUUUAGGAUGUCAGCGUUUUGCGG